AUGACGGAGUUUCCGGGGCCGAGCUUCUUCUCCGCGUUCCUCACAGCUUCUCCUCCUUCACCACCACCACUUAUCACCGUACCCGCGAUCGAUCGGCAUAUCGUUCUGCGUGGUUUAAUUGCAAUCUACAGCCUUGCUUCAUUCACCAUGAUCCAAGUACCCACGCCGCCCGCAUCGCGGCUAGGCUCAGAUCCUCCCGCAGUGAAGCCCGCGGAGGACUCGUCGGAGUUACUCCAGUCAUUGGAUGUUUUGCUGGAGCAGUACCUAAAUCUGUUGGAUCGCCAGCAGAAAUUACAAACCGGAUUGGCGAAGGAAUUGUCUUCGGGAUUUUUGGCACUGGCCCAUGCAAACUACACUUGUCCUCCUGGUCGACGAUACGGCGCCGACUAUUACGAUGAGAGGAUGAAGGCGACUCGAAAAAUCUCGAUCCGAACUGAACAAGAUGAGGAUGUGACAAAAGACCAGGAGGACUCGGAAAAUGCAGCACAAUCCCAAACCCCAGCGCCCGAGAUUGAGUAUAACUUCGCCUUGAACCGUAUAUUGGAGCGUACGCCCGAGCAUGAAUCGCAGGAGACAACUGAGACGGAGGAAAGUACCUCAUCAACGACCGAGCACCUACAAACCGAAGCACCUGCGCCGCCCAGCCAAGAAGAAGACGCGAAGGAAUCCAGCUCUGAGGAGACCAGUGAUGAGACUCAAUCUUCCACUGAGUCUAAUGCGCCUAAGAAAAAGUUCCACUCGGACGAUCCUAUCCAUUGGUACGGGAUCCUAGUGCCGGCCUCGCUACGCAAUGCCCAGCGAUCGUUCACAGAGGCAACCCAGAGUCAAGUGCCCGAGCUAGCUGGCGUGGUUGUGGAAAUGCGAGCCCUGGAGCAGAGAAUUACCAAGCUACGAAAGGAAUUUGGGGUCGAGCCAUUGGAGAAAACAAGCUCUCCCUGA